GGUUUAAAGGAAUUCAUUAGCCAUGGAUGUAUUCAUGAAAGGACUUUCAAAGGCCAAGGAGGGAGUCGUGGCUGCUGCUGAAAAAACCAAACAGGGUGUGGCAGAAGCUGCAGGAAAGACAAAAGAGGGUGUUCUCUAUGUAGGCUCCAAAACCAAGGAAGGAGCGGUUCAUGAUGUGACAACAGUGGCUGAGAAGACCAAAGAGCAAGUGACAAAUGUUGGUGAGGUGGUGAUGACCGGUAUGACAGCAGUCACACAAAAGACAGUGGAGGGAGCAGGGAGCAUCACAGCUGCCACUGGCUUUGGCAAAAAGGAUCAGUUGGGCAAGAAUGAAGAAGGAGGCCCACAGGAAGGAAUUCUGGAAGAUAUGCCUGUUGAUCCUGACAAUGAGGCAUAUGAAAUGCCUUCUGAGGAAGGUAUCAAAACUAUGAACCCGAAGCAUAAGAAAUACUUUUACUCGCAGUUUCUUGAGACCUACUGAGAGAUGUUCCAUCCUGUACAAGUACUCAGUUCC